CUCCAUCCGUCCCCGUGUCGCCAUUGGAAGAACUGUGGCCCACGGAAGGCCUCUUAGGAUUGGCUGGGCCCACCCAAGAAUACGGGAUCUUUCUCUUGCAGGCGGUGCAGAAGAGAUCUCGGCGAUUGGUGGAGCCUCCUGGCAGGAGAGCGCGGAUUGGUCAGCUCCGGGAGCAGGGGGCGGGGCUGAGAGCCCAGAAGCGGCGGCGGCGGCUGCGGAGCCUGUGUAAGGCGGCUCAGCUGGGGUGCGGGCCCCGGGAGGACUCGGCGAAAUGGAGGUGACGGGGAUAUCGGCGCCCACGGUGACCAUUUUCAUCAGCAGCUCCCUCAACAGCUUUCGCUCGGAGAAGCGGUACAGUCGCAGCCUCACCAUCGCUGAGUUCAAGUGUAAACUGGAGCUGGUGGUGGGCAGCCCUGCUUCGUGCAUGGAACUGGAGCUGUAUGGACCUGAUGACAAGUUCUACAGCAAGCUGGACCAGGAGGACGCACUCCUGGGCUCCUACCCGGUGGAUGACGGCUGCCGCAUCCACGUCAUCGACCACAGCGGUGCCCGCCUCGGGGAAUAUGAGGAUAUAUCCAAGGUGGAGAAGUACGAGAUCUCACAAGAAGCCUACGACCAGAGACAAGACUCAGUUCGCUCCUUCCUGAAGCGCAGCAAGCUGGGGCGGUACAGUGAAGAGGAGCGGGCACAGCAGGAGGCGGAGGCCGCCCAGCGCCUCACUGAGGAGAAGGCCCAGGCCGGUGCCAUCACCGUGGGCAGCCGUUGCGAGGUGCGGGCACCUGGGCAGCCCCCUCGCCGGGGCACCGUCAUGUAUGUAGGACUUACAGAUUUCAAGCCUGGCUACUGGAUUGGUGUCCGCUAUGAUGAGCCACUAGGGAAAAACGAUGGCAGUGUGAAUGGGAAACGCUACUUCGAAUGCCAGGCCAAGUACGGCGCCUUCGUCAAGCCGUCAACUGUGGUGACAGGGGACUUCCCCGAGGAGAACUAUGGAUUGGACGAGAUGUGACCCUCCUUGUUCCAGCUCCUAACUCAUCCCCCCAUACCCCCUCCCUGUGUGUGUCCAGGGCCCUCCUUCCCUGACCCUGUUUUUAUUUUAUUCAUCUUUCCCCUGCCAUUGGCUUUGGAGACACAUGCAUUAAAUUUGCUUGAAACCUAGGAAGCAUUUGGAGGCCCUGAGGAUUUGGGGAGGGGUUGGGUGUGGCUGGGUAGGUGCAGGCAAAAUAGACCAGGCAAAUUAGAGGUUGGGCGGGCGAGGCUCUAUCCUGUAGCUGGUAGCGGGAGGUGUCUGAGUGUUCUUAGUCCUUGUAUUAGUUAAUGCAAUGUUCUGAUGCUCUAUCAAAGGGCCCCCAAAUAAUAGUGAUGUCAACAAGGUGGAAGUUUCUCUCUCUCUCAUGCAAAGUCUUAUGUGAUCACUUAGGGCUAAUAUGGUGACCCCUCGGUGUCAGGGACCAGUCUCCAUCUCCCUAUGUCUUGUUGCACUCCCAUCUUCCCCCCAUGACUCCCUUGCCCUAAGGAAUAUGAGCAACUCAAAACUCCUUCCUGUUUCAUUGGCCAGAAUUUGAUCACAUGGUCACAUGUAGCUGCAAAGGAGGCUGGGAAAUGUAGUUUUUCUUCUUGGCAGCCAUGUGUCCGACUAAUAAGCAGAAGUUCCUAUACUACAGACAAGGAGAGAAGGGAUAUUGGGAAUCAACAGGUAGUCCCGCCACAGUUCCUGUGGGUGGAAACCUUACCUGUUCAUUUAGUAAUGAUAUUUUAAAGAAGAAAGAAAUCAAAAGAUUUUAGAAUUAGCAUGAAGUCAUUCCUCAUGGCAUGGAAAUUGGCCAGAAACAAUGUGCCCUCAGGGAGGUGUAUGUGCAUGUGCGGCUGUGUUCUUUGGGGAUCCCAAAUCGCAGGGUGUGGGUGUCUGCCCAUGCAGUAACCUCUUGUUAGCUCCUGGAAGGGGUUCUCUAUUAGGGAUGACUAUUAGGGGGACUCUGCUUAAUAGCUGCCAUUACUCAGUAUUACUUGUGGAGAAAGGGUUGUACAGCAGGAAGGAUGAGUUAAACCGCCUGAGAGCCAAGGGGAUACUCAGGAGAAGCUGCUCACAUCCACAGGUAGCCUGAUGUACAUGUACUCUGAUGCCCACUGUAGUAUACAUGGAUAUACUCAGACACACGGAACACACAUACACAUCCCUGGACUCACACUAAAACACAAGGUACACACCUAAAACAGACUCACACUCAGAUGCAUGAGCAGUCACAUGUGAAGAAACAGCCAGGGCACACAGAUUCUCUCACACAUGGAGGCACCACACACCCACACACAUACCGGAAACAUUCAAGAGAUAGAGAUGCACCUCCAUACACACAUGAACCAAGGAAAUUGUCAAUCUACCAAAAAAAAAAAAAAACCUUGUUACUUUAGGAAAGGACCCAAG